AUGGCUCCCCCACCUAAGCGAAAGCGACCUGAUCGCCCUUAUUCACAGGAUGACGACCGCACGGGACGACCGUCGCCGCAUCGCCCGCAGAACCUUGGACUUGCGCAUAACCAGCAACAGACCAACAGCCCGCGCGGUGGAGGCGGCGGCGGUGGUGGCGGAGGAGGCCUAGGCGUAAGCGGAGGAGGCAGACGGCCGAGCAGAAACAAUGGACGCGGUGGUUCCAGUGUGCCGCAAAGCCCCAAUGUCUCACAUGCGUCGCCGCCUGCCAUGUCACCUUCGACGAACACCUUCACACCAACAAGGCCGCCUCAAGCGACACCAUCCGCCCCUGCACCGCCACCGCCGCCGCCUGCGCAACCUUCGAUGCCUUCCACGCCGCGCCAAGUCUCAGAGAGUAACGAGUACCUAACGCCAGACCGGGUCGCUCGUUGGAAUGGCGAGGCACGCGACGCCGUGGUGCAAGCGGCUCUGUCUGCUCAGCGCAAUGGCGACGUGCUCACGCUUUCUGUCAUAUUCCACGAGAUCAUCGAGGCAUCCAUGGACAACGUCGUGGACGUUGGCGAGUUGGGGUCGGUUGUACGGGACAUUGUGUCUGCUCCAACCGACGACGAGGUCGACUCCGUAUCCACUUUCCUCGACACUCUGAGUUCCCUUACGCACGAUGAGAGCAAGCAGGCGCACGUGCGGCAGAUGCUUAUUGCGACCGAAAUCGACGUGUCACGUAUGCGCUCCGAGCUCGAAAACGAUCUCCUAAAGUCAUUGGGCCUGGUUCGCGAUAGUUUUGGCAAAAUGGCUGUUCGCAAAGCAACGCAUGCAUUGUAUCGGCAAUCCAACUACAAUCUCCUCCGCGAAGAGACCGAAGGUUAUUCGAAGCUUAUGACCGAAUACUUCACCACCGUCAACAGCGAACCGCCGAACCAGGAAGUUGUGAGCGAGACAUACCAACGCGUCAAUGCCUUGAUUGGCGCGUUCGACUUGGAUAUUGGAAGAGUCCUGGAUGUAACUUUGGAUGUGUUUGCCAAUCUCCUAGUCAAACACGGAAGAUUCUUUGUCAAAUUACUACGGACGAGCGCAUGGUGGCCCGAGUUGCGUGGCUUUGACAGCAUUGAAUGGGAGGAAGCUGAAGUCCCUACGCUUCCACGGUGGGCACAGCCAGGCUCUAAGCUGUGGUAUUACUCCGACGAAGAGAAGGAAGAACAGCUUCGACUACGCGAAUCCCGAGACCGAAAGUUCUGGCAACGUGUGGGCGAGCUGGGUGACCGAGCCGGUGUCCAAGCAUUCUUCGAGCUUGGUGGACGUCGAAUCAUUGCGAAUAAUCGGCAGCCGGACCAGACACUGCCCCCUGAAGGUGCGCCGCUCUCGAAGCAACAAGCAGCUCGCAAAUGGGCGGACGAAUGGAUGGAACAGACCAAGACUCUUCCACCUUCAGGAAACGACAUUGCAGCACAACUUCUCGGCUUCAAGCUCCGCUUUUACGCCUCCGAUGUCCGCGAUGCCUCCGACGUACUGCCCGAGAACCUCAUGUACUUGAUCGCACUCUUGGUCAAGAUUGGGUUCAUUUCCAUUCUUGAUCUAUAUCCACAUCUGUAUCCAUUGGAGGAGGACAUGGCUGCGCACAAAGACAGGCUUCUCAAGGCUAAAAAGGAAAAGGAGGAUAAAGAACGUGGCGCAGUUGCUAAUGCGCUAACUAUGGCUGGCGCACUGCCCGACGAUACACCUGGACAACCAGUCGUUUCCCGUCUCCGAGAUGCCGAAAGCAAGUCAAAGCCGGAUACUGGAAGAAAUACACCCAUCGCCAACCCCGAAGAACCUGCAGAGAAGAAGGAUCUACCCGAGCCAACGGACCAGAAGUUCACGCUUCUAAAGAGCUUGCUUUGCAUUGGGGCAUUACCGGAAGCCUUGUUCAUUCUUGGACGUCAUCCCUGGUUUCUUGAAGUGUACCCUGAGCUACAGGGUCUGAUUUUCCGUUUGGCGCACCAUUCUUUGAACAAAAUGUAUGAAGCAUCAAAGCCUACGCCAUUCGAAGAGUCUAUCAUUUCUACGAAAGGUGCUGGUGUCCGUGGCCCUCAGAGGCCCAGCGACUUUGUCCCUCGACGAACUCUCCGAUGGGCCAAGCCUGACCAGAAGGAUUCCGAUGGGGGUGUUGAUUACAAGUUUUAUUGGGAGGACUGGGUUGACAACGUUCCUGUAUGCCAAGAAGUGGACGACGUGAUCAAGCUUUGCACCAGCCUUCUCGGCUUGGUUGGAGCCGAGUGUGGCAGGGACACCGUGCUACUAACGAAGAUUAUACGUAUUGGCAAGCGGGAUUUAGCAGACGACCCCUCGGAAACGAAUCGAAAACGAUGGAUCAACUUCUCAGCAACCUUCAUCGCACCCGCAGUAUCCUUCACAGGCAGGAAUCCAGGAAUAAUCAAUGAGGUGUGGGACUUGUUCAAACACUUUGAUACCGCCACUCGAUAUAUUAUCUAUCAGCAAUGGUUCAACGGAAUGCUUAAACCGGCAAGCAAGAAGGCUUUUGAACAGGUUCGAGACGAGACCAAGAAAACUAUGAGCCGUAUCUCCGCCACCAACACGAAGGAGUACGGCCGCAAGAUUGCCAAGAUCUCGUAUGCUAGCCCUGGAUGGGUCUUCAAGACGACGGUCAAGCAGCUGGUCAACUACCCCAACAUGAUUACCGCUCUCGUAGAGUGUAGUCGAUAUCUCACCUUACUUGGAUACGAUGUCUUAACUUGGACUCUGGCUACGUACCUGCUUAGCCCCGAUAAAGGCUCGCAUCAGGAUGAUGGUAUGCUGUCUGCACCAUGGCUCAAGAACAUUGCCACCUUUGUUGGCAAAGCCUACGCAAAGUACCAUUUGAUGGAUCCGGUUCCAGUACUGCAACUCACAGCACGUCAGCUCUUGACUGCAGAGGGCGAGCUCUACAUGUUGGACGUACUGGAGCAAAUGGUCAAGUCUAUGGGCGGUAUCAGUCUGAGCGGAUCGGUCUCCGAAUCGAUGACACUGGCGCUGUGUGCCGGACCAGUGCUUCGUACCUUUACUCUCCAACAUCGCUUGGCAGAUUACCGCCAUCUGGCUGGCCAUUCUGCAAGACGUCUAGUCAGAUGUCUGAAAGAGACGGGUCUAGGACCGCAGAUUCUGAUUGCACUUGCGCAGCACGUCGAGGCUUACGUGCACCGCGAUGACCAGCAAAAUGUACCCGAUAAACCGGUUCUCUUCAACGUCGACAAGCUCCGCUCCAACCUCCUCCAGUAUCUUGAGCUCCUCAGAGCAUAUCUUUCCGUGGACGACUUCGAUGCCAUCUUCCCUCCUCUGAUUGAAAUGAUUUCUGACUUCAACGUCGAGCCAGACGUCGCCUUUACCAUUGCUCGUGCAAGUGUAGCGGCUAAGGCUAAUGCAUUCCGAGCGGACCAGCGUGCAAAGCUCAUUGCCAACACUCAAUCAAAUGGAGACACUUCUAUGAGCGGCGUAGAGGAAUCGCCGGUCGUGGGCGGAGCCAAAGUAGAUGCGGCGGUCACCGAGGCAUCAAAGGUAAAUGAAGAUGUCGAAAUGGCGGAAUCUGAUCCAUCUGCAGAUGCUUCGCUCCCGGAAGUACCAAACACAGAAAUUGAGCAGCUAGCGAACCAGCUCAAGGAGAAACUGCCCGCCACGUUUGGCAGCCAUCCAUGCUUGUCGUACUAUGUCACUUUCUGGCAACUCUCUUUGCCAGAUGUCGAUGUCGGUGGCAUCGAUCAACAGUACAAGGAGACAAUUGAAUACUUUGAGCGGCAGUUGCCAGCUCCAGUUCCAGAACGCCGUGGCUAUAGAUCCAACGUCCCCAAGGCUGAGACUGACGAGGCGCGACGGGCAAAGCAUGAAAUACCAAGGCUCAAGGAAGAACGGCAAACUGUAACAAAAGCCAACGCUGCGAUGCAAGAUAGCCUUCGGGCCGAGCUUAAGGGAUGGUUUGCCAGCAUUGCCAUGAUGGGCCCACAGUGCGAUGAGCUGCACAACGCCCUGCUCCAGGACUGUUUCAUUCCUCGCAGUCGCAUGUCAUUAGAAGACGCGCAGUAUUGCUCUUCUAUGCUCAUGUUCAUGCAUAGUUCGGGCGUGCCUGGAUUCCGCAUGAGCCGACUACUAGAUGUUCUCUUCAAUGCCAACAGGCUCACGACUAUCAUUAGUAUGUAUACUGAAGCCGAGUCGUUGUCCUUUGGUCGAUUCAUUGGCGAUUUACUGCGCGAACUGCAAAUCUGGCACGACAACAAGGACGAUGCAUACGCCAAAAACGCACUUGGGCCAGAAAAGAACCUCCCAGGCUUCGGGAGGAGCUAUGACGCGGAAAGAAACGCCACGUCCUUUUUUACCUACGACCAGUUUUGCAUGGUGUUGUUUAAGUGGCACAAAUCACUUACUACUGCGUUGAAGACAUGUCUUGAAACCGGCCGGUACAUGCAAAUGCGCAGUGCUAUCAACGUUUUGCAUGCACUAGGCACCAACUACCCCAAGAUUCAAAGUUUGGGCACAGAGUUGAAGCAGACAAUCGAGCAUUUGAGCAAGGAUGAGGAGAGGGGAGAUCUCAAGAAAUCGUUGGAAUCCGUUUUGGGUCCCAUCACCAAAGGCGAGAGGUUCUGGCAGGAGGACCAUGUAUUCCGCAACGUACCGGCGCCGACACCUGCACCCGGAAGUACGCCCAAUGUGGGUGACAAGACUGCUUCGGAGAAUGGAAAGGCUCCGCAGUCAAAGGAUGCAAAGCUCAACGCAAAUGCGCCUACUUUCAAGCCAAAUCUCGAAACCAACGGAUCCCAGCAAACUCCUUUGCGAGAAACAGAUGAUAACACGGCAAAGCGCAAUGUUUCGACUCCCGGAACGCCUGCGUCAAGAGAAAGAGAGCCGGCGAGUCUCACGCCGAGACACUCAGAGGCUAGGCCAUCCACUCCCUCUCAACAGGAGCUAGUGAUGGGCAGGCCUGCGCCCAAACCGGGCCCACCCAUGCACCCAUCUUCUGUGCCGCAGAGACCAGACGGCAGAAACGCACCGACACAGCCCGCUGCAGCUGGGAGACCAUCACAUGCUUUGCCAUCCCGGCCGGACUCACAGCCAUCAAGAACGCGACAAUCGGAACGGCCUGUCAUGGAACGGCCGCCUGAAGCCGUACAUGGUCGCUAUGAUAGCAGAGGCCCUCCACCAAACGACUAUGGUCGAUUAGACCGCCCUGGAGACAUUCCACGCCACCGUGAGACAUCUCCUGGUCGACGGGGGCGAAUGCCCGAUGGCAGAACUCCUGAAAGAAUACUCCCUGUGGCUGAGCACAGAGAGUGGUCUGGUAGAGAGCGCGACUAUGACGAUCGGACCUUGCGAGCACCACCGCGAGAUACGCGAGCGCCACCAGUACGACCGCCGCCCACCUGGGAUACACGCGACGCCAGGGACCCGAGAGAUCAACGUGAGCGUCCUGAUCCUCGCAUGCACCCGGGAACUCCCACGAUGGAAUCUCGACGGAUGCCUUCGUCUUCGUCGUUAGCCAACGAAUAUCGCCGAGACGCUCCACCGAUUAGUGGCCCGUAUGGUGCAGAGCAGAAUGACAGGUCUCAACGGCCACCCCAGCCGCCAAUUCCAACCAAGGAAGAGCCUACAGUUAACCCUGCACGCGCUGCCCUAAUCAAUCAAGUCGAGCAUGGCAGACAUGAACCGCCAAGAUCGGACCGCGAUGGUCGUCGCGACAGAGAUGCGCGUCUGAACUCUCCUCGCCAUGGUGACGAUAGGCGUGGAGAGGAUCGUCGCAUGGAAGAACGCUUGCCUAAUUACCAUGGACGAAACGAUGUGCCACGUGAACAUCGAGAUGACCGUUCUCUAGGCCUGCCCCCGGGCAAUCGAGACCGACGAGACGAACUCUCAUCAGGUGCACCCACAGGGCCGCGCGGUGGACGUAAUGAUCCUAGUGCAUCAUCUCGCGCAUCCCGGGACAUGUUCCAACCUACUUCUGGCCCGCGGUCCUCUGGGCACCAGAUCCAAGAUCCCAACUAUGGGAGAUUGAACCAACCCUCCGAUCCAGGACCACCAUCAGGUCCUCGCAGUGAUCGACCAUCUUCUCAGCCGCAACCUUCUACACCUACUGCUACACCUACUGGACCGGCAGCGUCACUGCCCGCAGGGGUACACCCCAGCAGGCUUGUAAACAUUGAAGGCAGACCAUCAAACGGCCCACCCCUCCAAACCAACAUGCCAAACGCUCCAAGUGGUCCGCGGGGCUCUAACAGAGCACCCCAAGGUACAGUACCGUCGUCUCCAAAUGGCUGGGGUCCUCCGACGGGUCCUGCAGCAGGAGAUCGUGGGGCAAGGAACGCAGGUAACCCGUUAAGAGCUAUCAACAAUGUCUUGACGGGGAACACGCCUGCUGAACGAUCAGGCGAUCGGAACAUCCCGCCUGCUAACCCACCUGUGCGUGGUCGCGGCGCCAAUCGUGCCAAUGGGCCCAUGGAGACAUCCGGUGACACGAUGAGCCCUAUGCCACCGCCGCAUCAUGGCUCGACACCCAGCCGUGUUGAAGGCCAACAUCCUAGAGGUGGUCGAAGUGAUGAAAGCCAAAGCAGGGGUGAAGGUAUCCCACCGGAAGAAGUCCGCUCAGAAUCCCGCAGUCACAAGGACAGCAGGCGUAGCGAUCGGUCGGGAGGAGAGCGGUCAGCAGAUCGACCCGACCGUCGCACUGAGGAGCGAAGCAGCCGUAAUGGACCUUCUGAGCGCGUAGAAGGCGAGCGCGGUUCGGAGCGUGAGCGUGGAGGACGAGAAAAGCGCAGUGGAGACCGAGAAAGUAGCCGGCGAGAGCGCAGCGAACGAGAAGGCGGCGAGUCGAGGUCUGGACGAGAAGCCCGGGAGAGUAGUAGGCGCGAGCGCGGCUCCCGCGAUGACGGCCGAGCUUCAGCAAGGGACGACCGCGAUAGGAGGAGCCGAGGAGGAACGGGAAGUACUAGCGGAACGGGAGGAGGAGACGACGGCCGUAAGAGAGUCCGUGAUCCUCAGGACCAAGCUCACGGCGAUGCAAAGAGGAGACGGUAGACUCAUUACCAUCACCAUUAUCUUCAUCGUCAUUGUCAUCGUCGUCGUCAUUCAUUAUCAUCACUUUGGGCGUCAUCAUCAUCAUCAUCGAAAAAAACGGGGAUUUGUUUGUGUUCUGUUUUUUUUUGGGUUUUCACAGCAAGGCGC